AUGUCUGACAUCCGAAAUGUCGUUGUCCUUGGGGUACGAGAUGUUCCCGCGACUGGGUUGGUUGGUAAAGAAAUUGUCAAGGCCCUUCUCGACGAUGGCUCCUUCUACGUGACGAUUGUCAGACGUAUAGGAGGCAGUUCGUCUCGGCCGUUCCCUGAGUCGAGUCGCCUACGCGAGGUUGGCGACGUCGACUACAGCUCGGUCAACUCACUAAAGAAGGCUUUCGAAGGUCAGCAUGCCGUCGUCGAGGCUCUAAACCCUAGCGGAGUCGUGCACCAGGACAAGAUCGUUCAGGCAGCGGUCGAAACAGAAUCGGUACGACACAUUAUCACACCCGAUUUUAGCGGCAACUAUCUGAAUGAGCAUAUCCACGAGCUUCGAAUUUAUGACGAUAAGGUGGAAGCGCAUAAGGUCACCAAGCAGCUCAUCCAGCAACGAGAUUCCCUGCACUGGACCGCCAUCCUCACUGGGGCCUUCUUUGACUGGGCAAUCGAUAACGGCAUCUUCUGGGUGGAUGCUAAGGCAAGGCAGGUGACGAUCUUUGGUUCAGGCAACCAGCGUAACGCUUAUGCAGCUCUUGAUGUUGUCGGUCGGGCUACGAUACGUGUACUAAAAGACCCUAAGGCCUACCAGGACCGACAGGCGUACUUUGCAGAUUAUAUUAUUAGCUGCAAUGAUCUCCUGAAUACCCUCAAUGAGUUGGAAUACCAAACCUGGACGGCCAAAAACGUGAGUUUGGAUGACUUCUACGAGCAAGGUAAGAAACUCUGGGACGAAGACACCGCCAAGGGAGUCCAGGAUCGACGCAGUACGAUGGGGUACAUCAUGCUUGGUACAUAUGGAUGUUUCAACGAGGAAGACCGCUAUUCUACAGACUACACAGGUCGUGUGGAACCAGGAUUCGGAUGGACUCGGGAUCAAUUUGCCCAAGAACUUCAAAAGGCCAUUGAUAAGGCAAGACAAGAGUAA